AUGGCUGUUCUACCCACCUACCUGAAGACAUCAGAGAUGGAAACUUCUGGUUUACCUUGCUACCAGAAGGAUGCCAUGUUGAUACUCUCUAGUAUGGGAAAUGAAAGGAUCGAACGAGAUGCCAUGUUUACCAGGAAAAAGGCACAGAGAGCAAGUCUGCGGACUCAUCUUAGGGAAAAGUAUAGACUUCCACAGAGUGAACAAGACGAAAAUCAAGUACAACUGGCUGGAGAUGAUAUUGAUUUGCCAGAUGACCUGAGAAAAAUGAUGGCAGAGGACGAAGAUGAAGAAGAAGAGAAGGAGUCUUUCUUGAAUCAUAUUCAGAAUAUUCAGAAUAUGGAUAUUGAUACAAUAAAAGAUAAAGCACAGGCUACAAUUUCAGAACUGAAACAGACUGCUGAGCAGAAAUGUAUUCUUAUGUGAUUUUGACUAUAAUUUGAUCCUCCAUAAACUUUGCUGUAAGUU